AAGCAUCCGCCUCUUCCACUGACUGAUCAACUUCAAAACAGCCUUUUCUUAGCGUGACCCUCUUAGAGAGUGAGGUGGUUAGAUUGAACGUUGUUGGCCUUUUGAAAUCGUACAAAUAUGCUGUCGUUGACGUUGAGGCAAAUCGCACGGCCAUUGUGCCUGCGUGCCCCGGUGGCCCUGAGCAGCGUUGGGGCGAGGAGGAGCCAGCAUGCGGCUACCCGUAGUGUGGAACAGGAGGCCCCGUGGACUGGGCAGGACAGUCUGGCCCAGGACGACCCGGAGAUGUGGAACUUGCUGCGGAAAGAGAAGGACAGGCAGUGUCGAGGACUGGAGCUCAUUGCCUCUGAGAACUUCUGCAGUCGGGCUGCGCUGGAGGCCCAAGGAUCCUGCCUCAAUAACAAGUACUCGGAGGGCUACCCAGGCAGGAGGUACUACGGUGGAGCUGAGGUGGUCGACCAGAUAGAGUUGUUGUGCCAGAAGAGAGCCCUGGAGGCCUUUGACCUGGACCCUGCCCUGUGGGGGGUGAACGUCCAGCCCUACUCUGGCUCUCCCGCCAACUUCGCUGCCUACACCGCCGUCCUCAACCCUCACGACCGCAUCAUGGGCCUGGACCUGCCUGACGGUGGACAUCUGACCCAUGGUUACAUGUCUGACACCAAGAGGAUAUCUGCUACCUCCAUCUAUUUUGAGUCCAUGCCCUACAAGCUCAAUCCUGCCACAGGGCUCAUUGACUAUGACCAGCUGGAGAUGACUGCCCGUCUCUUCCGGCCCAAGUUGAUCAUUGCAGGCACCAGCGCCUACUCUCGCCUCAUUGACUACGCUCGCAUCAAGAAGUUGUGUACGGAGGUGAAAGCCUACCUGCUGGCUGACAUGGCCCACAUCAGUGGUCUGGUGGCCGCGAAGGCUGUCCCCUCGCCAUUCCAGUAUGCUGACAUGGUCACCUCCACAACACACAAGUCCCUCCGGGGAGCCAGGGCUGGUCUGAUCUUCUACCGUAAGGGCGUGCGUUCUGUGGACAAGAAGGGGAGGGAGAUCCAAUAUGACCUGGAGGACCGGGUCAACUUCGCUGUGUUCCCCUCUCUUCAGGGGGGACCCCACAACCACGCCAUCGCCGGGGUGGCUGUCGCUCUCAAACAGGCCCAGACGCCGAUGUUCAGAGAGUACAUUGGCCAGGUGAUGCGUAACUCCAAGGCCAUGGCUGAGGCCCUACUGAGCAAAGGAUACACGCUGGUGUCAGGGGGGACGGAGAACCACCUGGUGCUGGUGGACCUGAGGCCUAAGGGCAUUGAUGGAGCCAGAGCAGAGAGAGUUUUGGAGCUGGUGUCCAUCACAGCCAACAAGAACACCUGUCCCGGGGACAAGAGUGCCCUGGCGCCUGGGGGCCUCCGGCUAGGUGCCCCGGCGCUGACCUCCAGACAGUUCAAGGAGACAGACUUUGUCCAGGUGGUGGAGUUCAUGGAUGAAGGCUUUAAGAUCGCCCUGGACGUCAAGAAGAAGACUGGGAAACUUGCAGACUUUAAGAACUUCUUGUUGGAGGAUCCAGAGACGGUCUCUCGCAUGGCAGAGCUGAAGAACCGAGUGGAGGCCUUUGCACGUCCCUUCCCCAUGCCCGGCUUCGAGGAUCACUAGGCCCUCCACACACAGGGGGAGAGGG